AAGUGCACGAUACACUACUUUAGAAUUCAUUAUUGAAUUUUGCGCAUAACAAUGCGAUUAAUCGCAAAAAAGUCAUGCGAUUAAAAAAUUUUAAUCAUUGCCCCACUAAUAAAUAUAUAUAUAUUUAUAUCAGAAUUACGUCUCAGGUAGGAACUAAUGGGCCACAAACAGGAAGUCAGACCAUAUUGAGAGACGGACCAACAUGUCGUUAGUUUAAGUCUGAACAUGAGAUUUAAUGAUUCUGAAAACUAAAAAUAAUUUUUCCAUCAAACAAAAGAUGAAUAACUGUGUUAAAACCAAAGCUACAAAAAGAAGAGAAGUAUACUACAACUCCCAGGGUGCAUUUCAGAAUACAAACAGCCAAUCACAGAGCUUUAAAAUGUUCAUGCCCGACUUUUUCUGCACUUUGUAGAUGAUAAAAUAUCCAGCUGUUUAAAUCAGUUCACUGUCAGAUUCUGACUCCUUCUCCAUAGCAACAGCAGCCGAGGAUCAUGGGUAUUGUAGUUUUCAAAGACAGAAAUGCCGCAUUGAAACUUAAUCAAAUUAUCUGGGUUUUUUUUACUCUGAGGACGGACAGCGUCCGUGUGUGACACAGUGAUCAAUGGCUCCUCAUUGGUCCCCUCAGGCAGAACAUGGUCAAGUGACACUGAACACAUCAAACCAUUAGAAACCAGUAGAACAAUACUUUACUAUUUGUGUAUUAUUUUAAUUAUCUUCAGGGGUAAAGUGUUACUGUUAGCAUGUUAGCUUGUGAUAGCUCUGCGUCAUUCACAUAAACAUGCUAAUGCUGACAUGCUAACGAUGCCCUCAUUCAGAUCAAUGGAGCUGCACUUCCUGUUCUGGAAACUGUUUGAGAUCAAUGUGUCGCCUGAGGCACGCAGCACACAGACACACACACACACUCACACACAUACACAGUACAUGUAUUGACACACUUGUGAGGACCACCAUUCAUCUAUGUUUUUAGUUUUGGAUCCUACAAAGGGAAGUUUUUAAGACAAGGUCCUUACAGUGAAGGUUCGACACCUGGUCCUCACAAAGUCACAAUUGUCAAACACACACACACACAAUCUUGUGUUUGGACCUUUGUCCAAAAUGUCCUCACAGUAACGGUCAUGGUCCUCACAAAGGUCAUAGUUCAGGAGUACACAAGGACCUAUGAUAUACUUGUGAGGACGGAUUUGUUAGUGAGGACUUCUCUACGAGGACACAUGUCCUCACAGUGCAGGUCAGAGCCUCCGGGCUCGUCCUCUUAAAGCUACAAAGAGAGACGAGCAGGUGUGUGUGUGUGAGAGGGAGGCAUGUUUGAUGUUGAUGAGGGGCGAACGAGCAUUGAUCUGGAGAGAGAGAGAGAGAGAGAGAGAGAGAGAGAGAGAGAGAGAGAGAGAACAGACUCCAGUCCUGGUUGAGGCGUUGUGCUCGGAGGUCGGCGGCUGUUGGUGGGCGUCAUCGUCGUGUUUAUCUAACUCUUCUUCUUCUGCUGGCAGCACCGACAGCAGAGAAGAAGAAGUCCCAGGAUGACGAGUGUGGCCCCGGCCAGGAAGCCGUACCGUAAGGCUCCUCCUCAGCACCGCGAGACGCGUCACGCCCCGUCUGUCGCUCCACCUCCACCUGUGCAGCAGCCCGACAUCAAACAGGAGGCGUUAUCAGACUCUGACCGGAUCAGAAUCCUCCAGCAGCAGAAUGAGGAUCUACAGCGACGCCUCUCUCUCUCCACCCACAAGAUGGAAGCCAUGGAGGCGGAGUUUGACAGCAGCCGUCACUACAUGGAGGCGGAGCUAAGCCGGACCAGAGACGACCUGGACAAGAUGAGGGACAAGUUCCGCAGACUCCAGAACAGCUACACAGCGUCUCAGAGAGCCAAUCAGGAUCUAGAAGAGAAGCUUCACGCUCUGGCUGCUGUCAGUCAGACUUGGGUUCAUGCACUACGGAAGGUGGAGAGGGACAAAAAGACGAUGGACCAGGAGAUCGUGGAGCUCACCAACAAGCUUCUGGACGCCAAGAACACCAUCGACCGUCUGGAGGAGCUCAACGAGCGCUACAGACAGGACUGUAAUCUGGCCGUCCAGCUGCUCAAAUGUAACAAAUCACAUUUCAGGAACCACAAGUUUGCUGAUCUCCCUUCUGAGCUUCAGGACAUGCUGAACAAACACAUGAAGACGAGUCUUCCGGAGCAAGGCCCUGCCCCCGGUGCUCAGGACCCCGAAACCCUCAGUUUGACUCCCGCCGACGUGGUGCCGACCUCGGUCAUCGCCCGAGUCCUGGAGAAACCUGAGCCGCUGGUCCUGAACUCUGCUCAGUCCAGCAGCUGCAGCCGGCCCGUCUCCGAGGACGUGUUCGUGCACGUGGACAUGACCGGCCCCCCGAGCGGCGGUCGGGAGGCGGCGCAGCAGAACGGUUCCUGUCUCAGUCAGAGCAGUCUAGAUGGGCAGUCGGGGGGCGAGGAGGGGGGCGGGGCUCCGUCCUUCGACAAGCUGAACCCGUAUCCGGUGCCGCCGCCCCCCCACCCGCUGUACCCGGGUCGCAAGGUCAUCGAGUUCUCGUCCGACGACAAAGUGAAGAUCCCCAAAAACUCGCCGCUGCCAAACUGCACCUACGCCACGAGGCAGGCCAUCUCCCUGAGCCUGGUCCAAACCGACGACGAGCGCAUGGCCCCAGCAAGCCCCGCCCCCUCCUCCGGUGGGGGGGGCCACCACCGCACGGCGCCGUCACAGCGGGACGCCGCCAGUGAGCCGCUGUCGGGUCAGUCCAGCCCGUUCAGCAGCCCGCCACAGGUACACACACACACACAC